AUGAUGAUUCCUCCUGAUCCCAAGAAACCGCAACCGCACCGCGGCACAGGAAGCACGACAAGCAGUGCAAGCAAACACCCCAUCAUCGCAACUCCACCCCGCGUUGCGCUGAGGGCCAAACAUGAAACUUCUACAUCGAACGAGGCCGCAUCAACGAAACCAAGCCAAUCAAAAUCGAAACCAACGAAAUCAAAUACAAAUACAGCGAUUUCCGGAACCCGUGAUCCGGAAGACGGAGAAGACGAUCCAGCAGCCAAGGCCAAGGAAGCUCAAGAUGAGGCUGAAGAUGCGAAAGAUGCGAAAGCCCAGAUAACAGCUCUCCAAAACGAACUCUCGAUCAUGGAAUCGGAAUUCUCGCACGAAUUGGGUACGCUGAGUCAAAAACUCACCAACGCGCACGAGAGCACGCAGUUCUGGGCGUCCAAGCACUCGCUGCUGAAUCAGAACUUCUUGAAGAGCGAUACUGAGGUGCGGGUGUUGAGGGGGGAUAUAGAAGUGUCGAAUGGUAAGGUGGAGGGGUUGGUUGCGGACAGGGAGAGGUGGAGGGCGGCUUGUGAGGGCGUUUUGGGGGAGAGAGAUGGGUUGUUGAGGGAGAAGAGGGAGAAAGAGGAGGUGCUUAGGGGAGAGGGAGAGGGAGAGCAUGUUAGGGGACUGAAGAGUUGGGUGUCCCGUGGGGGGAGGGGCGGCGAUGAGCAGGUUAGUGAUGAGGUUUUUGGGGAGGGGAUGGGGAGGUUGGGGAAUGGGUUGCAGAAUUGGGUUAUUGUGCAUUUUAGGAGGGUUAGGGUUGAUGCAGAGAAAGCGAAUGAUGAGACGAGAGAGCUGCUACUGCGUCUAAUACCCACGUACGAAUCUCUAGCCGCAACAUCCAAGAUCCACUUCAUCCAAUCACUAGUGUCACGACUUCUCGUCGAGUCGAUAUUCAGAGCUUAUUUUGUGGGGGUAUCGAAAGAACAAGCAGAGGAGCUACAUAAGGUAGAAAAGUAUCUGAGUGAUUUUGGUCCAGUAGAAAGCAUAAAUACAUGGCGCUCCACCACCCUCGCAAUCCUUCGAAAAGACGCAUGCCAGAAACUGCAGACAGAAACAACCGCUAUAGUAGAAUCCAUUGUGCAUCAAAUAAACAGCAUCAUGACGUCUAUCAGCGACGUGCAAGCGUCCGAGACGCGAGACCAAGCACUGCGGGCUUUGAUAAAUAGUUCUAUUGAACUAUCGCGCCUUCUAAGGGUGCAAAAAGCUGUAUUCACUAUCACAAUGCCAUCGCUCGAGGGGCAUCAGAGGACUAUGUUUGAUAAGGAGAGUAUGGAGGAUAUUGGAGGGGAGGACGAGGAUACGCUGAGUGACAGAGAAUUGCGCUGUGUCACGUUUCCGGGCAUCGUGAAGGCGGGAGAUGAAAAUGGUGAGAGAGGGUAUUUGAGAAACGUCGUUGCGAAAAUACGAGUGCUUUGUGCGCCUGAUUGA